AUUGAGACUGUUCUCAGUUCAGCUCAGUCUGCUGGAGCACCGCUGUUGAGUUAGGAAGAGCUGGGGAAACCGGAAUAGGAUCAUAUUUCAAGACGGAUUUGGCGAACCGGUUCAUCAAGUUUAUUAAAAUAGCUUCAAAAUAUCGAUUCGUCCAGGAAGCGAUCAUCUCUAGUUGACACACACAUGACAUCGGUUACUACUUCUCUCUGUCAGAUGAUUUUAGUUCAUUAGAAACAGCUUACUCGAGUGUCAGCCUGUGCAGAAACUUGACAUUAUUUACAUUUGAAGCAUAAAGUAGUAACAUGGCUUGUGCUCAGCGUUAUGUCAACAAAGUUGUCAUCGUUACUGGGGGCACUAGAGGCAUUGGAAGGGGCAUCGUUAAAGUGUUUGUGCAAAACGGAGCCAAAGUUGUGUUCUGCGCACAAGAGACUGAGCUGUCUGCUGGCCAGUCUCUUGAGUCUGUGCUGAAUGAGGAAGGACCUGGGUCAUGCACGUUUGUGUCAUGUGACCUGACAAAAGAGGACGACAUCAAGCGAUUAAUCAAUGUGACGAUGGAGAGGUUUGGACAAAUAGACUGUUUGGUGAACAACGCUGGGUGGCACCCCCCUCACAAGACCACAGAUGAAACCACUGCGGAAGAGUUUAGAGACCUGCUUAAUCUGAACCUCAUCAGUUACUUCCUUACUUCAAAGUAUGCGCUGCCAUAUCUGCGUAAAACACAAGGAAACAUCAUCAAUUUGUCCAGCCUUGUCGCCUCAAUAGGUCAGAAAGAUGCGGCUCCCUAUGUGGCAACCAAGGGGGCGAUCACCGCCAUGACUAAAGCAAUGGCUGUGGAUGAGAGUCGCUAUCAAGUGAGAGUGAACUGCAUCUCUCCAAGCAAUAUAAUGACGCCUCUGUGGAAGGAGCUUGCUGGCCGCACAGAGGACGCUGCUGCCACUAUUAAAGGGGGAGAAAAUGCUCAGCUGAUUGGUCGAAUGGGAACGGAGACUGAGAGCGGAUUAGCUGCCCUCUUCUUGGCAGCUGAUGCCACUUUCUGUACUGGGAUAGAUUUGUUUCUGAGCGGAGGGGCUGAACUGAACUACGGCUUCAAAAGCCAAAUUCCAUAGCCGGACAGUGAAGGAAAGGCCCAUGACGUGAUAAUAUGGCUUCAUUCCUCGUCUCAGACAGCUUGUUUCAUGCUGCUUCUCAGUGCAACUAUUUGCAGACUUUUGCAAAUGUUUUCUAAAUCAUCGCACCAUUUCAAAUCAUUGUGCAAAAUGAUUUGCACAAAUCAUAUUUGAGUUUGUUUAAUAUUAAACACUCACAUUAUUGAAAGUUUACUGAAGUUCUAAGCAAUUACAAAUUGUUUUUCUUUUACUUGCCAUUUCGCACUUUCAUGCCUCCUCAUGAUCAGGUAAAUGGUGCAAUAAUUGUUCAAUUUAAAACCAACUGCAAUUGUUUGUAUAUCUAAUAGUAAUAUGAAUUUUUGGGGUACCUGUGAAAUCUUAAUUAAUUAAAUGCUGAGUUUUUUUUUUCUUUCAUAUUUUAAUGCAAAUAUUAGCUAAAUAAUAUAUGAUUAUAAGGGACCUGCACUGUUAAUUGCAUUACCUUGAAUGUGCAAAGACUUACUGGUGUUUACAUGUAAACAUUCCCUGGACUGUUUGUUACACAAUAAUCCAUUUUUAAUUGCGAUGUAGUGAUUUUUUAAAAAUCUUUAAUGACUUUUGACAGGUUGUGAUUUCCUUCAUACACAAAAUUAUUUGUAUUCAUUAAAAAGCUUAAUUAAUUUA